UAUGGCGUCGGCCUCCGCCCAGCCCGCGGCCCUGAGUGCUGAACAGGCCAAGGUGGUCCUGGCUGAAGUCAUCCAGGCGUUCUCCGCCCCAGAGAACGCCGUGCGAAUGGACGAAGCUCGGGACAACGCGUGCAACGACAUGGGCAAGAUGCUGCAAUUUGUUCUGCCAGUGGCCACGCAGAUUCAGCAGGAGGUCAUCAAAGCCUAUGGCUUCAGCUGCGACGGGGAAGGUGUCCUUAAGUUUGCCCGCUUGGUCAAGUCCUACGAAGCUCAGGAUCCUGAGAUUGCCAGCCUGUCCGGCAAGCUGAAAGCUCUGUUCCUGCCCCCGAUGACCCUACCACCCCAUGGACCUUCUCCCAGUGGCAGUGUGGCUGCCUCCUGAGGGAAUUGGC